AUGGAUCAAGUCGAUAUGAUAUAAGAUGAGGAAUAAUCUCCAUUAUACAUUAAAAGAGAACUCGACAUUGAUAUACCAUACAGAGUAGUAUACCCAACGGAUUUGGAUUUACAAUAAAAAGAAACACCUAAAACAGCAGUGAGAUAAAUUGAACAUCCUGAUUUUGAGGAUGUGCAAGUACAAACCGAAACAACCCCAAAAACCUAAAUUGAUGUAUCCUCUCCUAGAGUAGCAUUCCUAACUCAUUCGUAAAUAAUGGGAAUGCAUCACGACGAAGAUGAGGUUCCAUUUAACCGAUCUUCCUUAAACAACCCUCUCUCUGAAAUUCCCGAGGAGCUUACACCCAGUAAUAUCCAUAAUGUAUCUCAUUAAAUACAAUUCAAGAAGUCUAAGGUGUCCAAUCCAGAAAUUAUCCUUGAUAAUAUGAGUAUAGUAAACAGUUAGUAGUUGAAAAUAAGUAAGAAAUCUUCUGAAACCAAUGUGAUGUCCAUUAACAACAUUGAUGGCAGCAAAUUGAUCGAAGAGGUAAUAUAUCCAAUUUUGUAUAAUAAUAGUUAAAAGAACAUAUAAGUAUCUUGGAAUCUAAAGUUCAAGAAUUGGAGAAAGAAAACUGUAUUCUAAAAAAGAAAUCUAGUUAAGAAAAAGUGAAGUACAUUGAAUUGUAAAUGGAAACCGAAUACAAGUUAACAUCGUUAAAUGAAUAAUUUUAAGAUUAAGAACUUAAUUAUAAACACUAAAUUGCUACUCUUCAAAAUGAUUUAAAUACUGCUAAAUAAUAAAUUCAUAUCAUCAAAUAAUAGAUUCCACAUGAUGACAAUAAAGGAUAAUAAUUAUAGAAAUCAUAAUCCAAUCAUCAAUCUUAUCAGUAAUACCUUAAAUAACCAAUCUUAUCAUAGUCAUUUAAUGAAUAAUAAAACAAAAAUUAAAAAGAUUUAUGUCUUACUUAAGUCUAGUAUGAAAUUGUCCAUUCUAAAUUAAUCAAAAUCAUUAAAAAAAUUGAUUAGUAAAUUGAUCUUAAUCAAAAAGAUUUAUGUGACCUCCUUUAAAUACUAGAAAGCAAAGUUAAAUUAAUGGUUAAUAUUGAAGAAGAAGAAAAAAUUGAUGAACAUCAGUCCUUGAUAUCAACAUUAAAAACUGAAUUGGGAGAGAUUAAAUAAAUUAGAGGACAGCUAAACAGAAUAUUUCAUGACCAUGAUUAAUUUAUCCACAAGAGAAAUAAUGAAAGUACAAAUGAUUCGAAAAUUAAUGAGUUGACUCUCUAGAUUAAAAAUAUUAUGUAAGAAAAGCAAGAUUUAAUUGAGUUGUCAUAAAAAUAAUAAGAGUAAAUUAAUUAGCAGAAUUAAAAAAUAAUAGAAUUGCAAUCAAAACUAAGUAUAAUAUCAUUCUCACUUAGAUAAUUCUACUCAAACAGAUACACAAAGAAUGUAAUCUUAAUUUAUACGUUCGCUUUAAAUAAACUCUACAUCAAGUAUUAAGAAUAUCAAGGAAACAUUAAAAUAGAAGUAGGAGGGCACUAAGUAACAAUAUAUUUAUCAUCAAGAAAAUAAUUAAAAUCAUAAAAUUCUCCCCAAAGCAGAUCUGAAAAUGUUUCUCCAUCGUUAAAGUUUUUGAAUUCCCCAAAGUAAAAUUAUUUGAGAUAUGAUUAGAAAUUCUAAUAAUGUUUCUACUUAUUAAAAAUAGUGGUUUGAUGAUAAAAAAUAACAAUUCUAUAAUCGAACAUCAGAUUUUAGUGCUGAAAAUAAUUCAACUCAUUAGGCAACUACUUAGAAUUUUAACAAUAGUGUUCAUUCAAGUAGUGAGAUCAUUUAGAAAUUAGUCGAUCAAUUUAAAGGAAAUUCUGUUUUUGCAUAAAAAAUCUCAAGUUAUUCAAAAAAAAGGAUAUGA